AUGAAAGCACUUCUCGGUUCUCUAGACCUUUGGGAAUUAGUUAAAACUGGAUACCAGGAAUACACAGAGCAAGAAGAAGCUGCAUUAAUUAUAGCACGACGAAACGAUUUGAAGGAUUUAAGAAAGAAGGAUAAAAAGGUGCUCUUCUAUCUUUACCAAGCAGUAGACGAGUCGACGUUUGAGAAAAUUGCCGAAGCAACUUCGAGCAAAGCAGCAUGGGAUAUUCUUACCACCGUCUUUACAGGAGAUGACAAAGUAAAGCGGAUUCGUCUACAAAAGCUUCGAGCGGAAUGCGAAGCAAUCCGAAUGAAGGAGUCCGAAAGUGUCGCGGACUAUGUUUCUCGCAUUUUGGUAAUUGCCAACCAAAUGAAGCGAAAUGGAGAAGAACUAAAUGAUGAACGAGUUGUAGAAAAGGUUCUUCGUUCCCUCACAUCAAAGUUUGAGUAUAUUGUUGUCGCCAUAGAAGAGUCAAAAGAUAUCAGUACUCUUUCUAUCGACCAAUUGACAGGAUCGCUCCAAGUGCAUGAGCAAAGACUACAAAAGAUGUCUGAAGAAGAGUCGACUGAUCACUACAGCAAAGAUUGCUGGUAUAAGGACACUGAAGGAGUAAAUCACUACAUCGACAGUACAAUAGAAGAUGAAGUUGCAGAAACAUCAUUGUUACUUGCAUGUCAAGCUGAAGUUAAAGAUCCAGAAUAUAUAUGGUUUCUGGAUUCUGGUGCUUCAAAUCAUAUGUGUGGAAGUAGAGAACUAUUUGUUGAAAUGGAUGAAAAUGUUGAUGGCAAUGUGAAGUUUGAUGAUUCAUCCAAAGUACCUGUUAAAGAAAACAGAAAAAUUAUGUUUACAUCAAAAAAUGGUGAAGAAUUUAUGACUAACUUGCAGAAUAAACAAGCAAAUUGGUUGAAUAAGAUUCAACAAGAAAGAGAAGAAUUUAAAAGGGAUAUUGAAAUUCAGAGGAAAGAAAUACAGAAUUCUAUUAAUCAAAGAGCGGCGGAAAUUGAGACUUCUUUAAGAGAUAAAGAGGAAGAAUUUGAGCAAAAGAAAGCUAAAGAACUUCAGUAUAUAACUUCCCAAAAGGAUAUGAUUAAAAUGCAGCUAGAACAUAUAGCAUCGCAGUUGGAGAUGCUCGCUAGUGAGAGAAAGCAGAUUGCUCUUGAUCGCGAACAGAGGGAGAGAGAAUUAUCUGAAAUCAAAAGCUCCAUUGAAUUGCUUAAUAUUCAAAGGAAAAAGCUGCAGGAGCAAAGGGAGUUGUUGCACAAAGUGAGGGAGGAAAAGAAGGAAAUUCAAUCAUCUUUAGCUGAAAAUGAUAGAAGUAUACAAACAGUGGUAACUUCGUUGGGAAGGAAAAGACUGAAAAAUACUAUCCCUUGUAAUGAUGCAGACGUUGAGUUGGAGCCAAGCAGGAAGCUCCAGAAAAUAGUGAGACAAAAAAGAAGAACAGAUAGGGAAGAAAAAAAUAACUGUGCUCCUAAGGGUAAGCAACCAUGCUUGAGUGAUGAAAACCCUGAAAUUACAAAUCGAACAGGGCCAGAGAAUAUACUGAAAAUGUCAGAUGACGUGCUGUUGUUGGAUUCGAAAAUGAAGAUGCCACUGCCACAAUAUCGCACUUAUCAAGAAGGACCUAUUCACAUUCCAGAAUUUUAUUCAUUUGUCGAAUUCGGAAAUUCUACUUAUAUGGGCGAUGUAAAAAGAUCAAAGAAGGAUGCAGAACAAGAUGUGGCUCACUUUGCUUUUAUGAGUACCAUAGGUAUGGUAUCUCUUGAUCAAAGAAAUUUGUAUUUAGAGAAACUUGCAAAAAAUUUGGAAAAAGAAAAUAUGGCAGUGAAUUUGGAGAAUAAAUCCCUGGAGAACGUAAUCAAUGAGCAGGCCUCUAAAAUUAGGAGUUUGAUUUCAGACAAGAUAGUCUUACAGGAAAGACUCCAAGAUUAUGAAGACCCGAUCGAAGAAGAUGUCGACAGUUUUGCAUAA